GGUGAGAGAGAGAGAGAAGAGCAGGACGGAGAAGAGGGCUUUCAGUGUGCGGAAGGGCCGAUUCGAAAUUAACACUCCUCCAAUUGCUCCGCCAUCAUCUCCGGUAAGUGCUCGAGGUCAACACUUGAUAAACGCAGUCAAUGUGGAACAUGAUGCAGUACCAGCAUUUCAGUGAACAAAACGCCUUCAACACGACCGCCAAAAUCGGCAUACUCUUUGAAGAAAAGGAGGCCGCUUUAAAAGAGCGAGACAAGGCCAUAUCCGAAACAAAAGCAAUAUUAAAAGAAAUGGAAUUCGCCAUCACGCAGAGAGACUUAGCAAUUAUCGAACGUAACAACGCCCUAAAAGAACGCGACAACGCAAUCGCAGCCCUCCAAUUCCACGAGAGCAAUAUGCGUAACCCUAUUUCUGAAGUUCCCACAUCAAGGGCAAAAGCGUCCAGGAAUGUCAAAAUAAAGUCGAGUAGAUCAUCGAAGAAAGCGAAGAAAAUGGGUGAGGAUUUGAAUAGGCAGGUCACAACUUAUGGAUCAAAGGCUGAGUGGGAAGAUCAAGAUCUUGGCUCGACGCUCCAGAUGAUUCGGUUCGAUGAAUCGACUAUGCCUGUGCCUGUUUGUUCUUGUACAGGGGUGGCCCGCCAGUGCUACAAGUGGGGGAAAGGGGGUUGGCAGUCGUCUUGUUGCACGACAGCCCUGUCGGAAUAUCCGCUCCCUCAAAUGCCGAACAAGAGGCAUGCUAGAAUGGGGGGAAGGAAAAUGAGUGGGACUGUGUUUAGCAGAUUGCUGACUAGACUAGGGACAGCUGGACACGACUUGUCGGUUCCGUUGGAUUUGAAGAUUUACUGGGCUAAACACGGGACCAAUCGCUACAUCACCAUCACGUAAUUACCUUUCUUCUUCACAUUUUUUUUCUCCCUCGUGUGUAGCCUACGUUUUUUUUCGAUGAAUUAACUAGAACUAUCUUGGCUCUGGUAGUAAUAAACGUCGUUCAUGUGUAGGAUAAAAUUUGAUCUACUGAGGCUUGAAAAUUUUGCACUUGGUACAUAUAGUAAUUAGUUGGUGCUGUUUCUGCUUUCUUAUAUUCUGUUGCUUUAUAUUGUGAGUUUUGCUUUAAUUUGAAUUCUUGAGCUUCGAUAUGUUUUAUUUAGUAAGUCGAAUUUUGCGAAAAAUCGAUAUUGAUUUGAAA